AUGGAUCGUUGUGGCAGAGUCCCUACCGCAGAGGAAUUCCAACUUCUACAAGACUAUUUCGGUUUCCUUCCGGAACACAGUGUGAUGAUUCUGACGAAGGGGUCAUCAAUCUAUGAUCAUCCUCAAGGGAAUGCAUGGAGAGAACUGGGAAGAUUUCAUUCUUGUCGUUGCCGGUAUAAGUGUUACCAGGAGGGCUCAUGGGAAGAUGGCGCAGUUAUUCGUCGUGAGAUGCGGUAUUCACUCAUCUCCUCCCUGCCCCCCCCCCCUUUUUUAAGAGAAAAGAAUGAGAACAGUGUAUCUUAUUGGCUUGAGGUUGAUCUUGUGGACGCUCUUCCACCUCCCAUAUCUGAAAAACACAUACGAGAUCUCGCUAAACUAUUAUCUGUAGAAGGGGAAAAUACCGACUCUAGCGGGUCUGCCUCACCUUCCCGGCCGGCUGUUGGGUUCAUUUCCCCAAUUCAUCUUCCGACAUCCUCCUAUUCCGAUUCGCCUGCGGGAGCAUAA